AUUACUGACUUCUUCGAUCAGAACCACAUGAAAAAUUCUUUGCUGUCCUAUUUUGUUCAGAUUGUCGUAACCACUAUAGUAAGGGUUGGCUCUAAUGACAUGCGUGUGAAUAUGGGGGAGUAUGGUGACUUUUGAAGAUAGGGUGUUUAUUCAUGUCAGCCAGUGUGACGUCAUUGAAGUUUUUCUCUAGUGAGACACCGGCAUUUUGAACAGAGGCAGGAUUGGCUAUCGAAUUUGGUUAAAAAUGGCGUCUGAUUCAGUUAAAAAUCGAAUGCAAGUUUUUAAGAACAAAGGCAAGGAUCAGGAUGAAAUGCGGAGGAGGAGAAAUGAGGUGACAGUUGAACUGAGGAAAAAUAAAAGAGAAGAAACACUCCAGAAAAGAAGAAAUGUGCCAAUAGCAGACUCAGCAGAUGAAGAUGAAGUUGAACGACCAAUUAAUUUGUCACAGUUAGUCCAGAAUGCAGCAAGUGACAAUCCCACAGUACAGCUAAAUGCUGUUCAGGCUGCACGUAAGCUUUUAUCAUCAGAUCGCAAUCCACCAAUUGAUGAUCUUAUUGACAGUGGAAUUUUGCCUAUUCUUGUGAGAUGCCUGGAGUGCCACGACAAUGCUGCACUGCAGUUCGAAGCUGCUUGGGCACUAACAAAUAUUGCCAGUGGAACAUCAGUGCAGACACAGGCUGUGGUUGCUGCUGGAGCUGUCCCCCUGUUUUUACAGUUAUUGCUAUCUCCUCAUCAGAAUGUUUGCGAGCAAGCAGUGUGGGCUUUGGGAAACAUAAUUGGUGAUGGACCUAAUCUCAGGGAUUACGUUAUCAGUUUAGGAGUUGUACAACCGUUGCUUCAGUUUAUUAAACCUGAUAUUCCCAUUAGUUUCUUGAGAAAUGUUACUUGGGUGAUUGUUAACCUGUGCAGGAAUAAGGAUCCUCCACCAUCCGUCCAUACAAUCCGUGAGAUUUUGCCUGCUUUAAAUAUGCUGAUACACCAUAGUGACACAAAUAUCCUAGUGGACACUGUUUGGGCAUUAAGUUACCUUACUGAUGGUGGGAACGAGCAGAUACAAAUGGUGAUUGACAGUGGUGUUGUACCGAAACUAAUUCCAUUACUGUCCCACAAAGAAGUAAAGGUCCAGACAGCGGCUCUCCGGGCUGUUGGUAACAUUGUUACUGGAACUGAUGAGCAGACCCAGGUUGUUUUGAAUUGUGAUGCUCUUUCACAUUUUCCUGCCUUACUUACUCAUCAAAAAGAAAAAAUUUGCAAGGAAGCAGUGUGGUUCUUAUCGAAUAUCACAGCUGGAAAUCAACAACAGGUUCAAGCUGUUAUAGAUGCAGAUCUUUUGCCCAAAAUAAUUAGAAAUCUCAGCAAGGGUGAAUUCCAAACCCAGAAAGAAGCAGCAUGGGCCAUUAGUAAUUUGACCAUAAGUGGAAAUAGAGAACAAGUUGCCAGGCUAAUUCAAGAAGGUGUUAUUCCACCAUUUUGUAAUCUUCUGAACUGUAAAGAUACUCAAGUAAUACAGGUGGUACUAGACGGGAUUAACAAUAUGUUGAAGGUUGCUGGAACCCAAGUUGAACAAGUAGCAAAUAUGAUUGAAGAAUGUGGUGGUUUGGACAAAAUUGAAGCACUUCAGAACCAUGAAAACGUUGAAAUAUAUAAACUUGCUUAUGAUAUUAUAGAACAAUACUUUUCAGAAGAUGCGGAGGAGGAUCCAAAUUUGGUACCUACAUCAUCAGAUACUGGCUUCCAGUUUGAUCCAAGUUCAAACAUACCAAAUGAAGGAUUUAAGUUCUGAUGGACAUUUUAUAUAUAAAGUCACAGUAUUGGACUACAUUUUGAACGGAUUCUCUUAAAGUGCUGUGACUGCUAAGCUGUUGAAAAUGCAAGCUUGGUGCAGACCCUGUUAUAGUAUGACUGCUUCCAUCUGUACAUAGAUUCAGAAACUAUUUAUGACAGUGGUGUUUUUUAAAAGGCUGAAGAGCCAUGGUUUUUACAAAGAAAAUAACUUACAUUUGUAAGUACUGGCUUUUUAGUGAGAUACACUGCAUACUUGAACUGCUUAAAAGUGCAGAUGUAUGGAAGUCGUAUAAUCAUAAUUAGCACACAUUCAUAUGUGGCUGCAGAUUAUAUGCCUUUGGUUAUUUGUUUGACUAAUUAAAUAUUAUGAACUUCUUCACUGUUACGUGGCAUGUCAUGUAAUGUCAGACAUACUUGUGGCAUAUUACAUUUUGUCUGGAGUGUUAAUGAAGUACACUUGAAAAUGGUGAAAUUGUAUUUGUCUCUAAAUACAGAAAUUGUGUGUUUGUAGUAUGAUGGUGCCUCUUGUACAAAUGGUAACUGAAUUAAAUUGUGUGUCUGUAAUAAUAGAAAACACACACACACACACACACACACACACACACACACACACACACACACACACACACACACACUCUAACUUAUAUGGUGCUUUCUGGAAGCUGUAAAAUGUUAUGCUGUGAAAGCAGAUCAUCAGACACAAGUGAGUAUUACCAUUUGUUGCUAUGCCAGUUUCCUGACUACAGGUUGGCAGGAGGAUGUCGUCACUAAUUUAUCACACAGUGCUUAAACUAAUUCAUCUUGGAAAAAGAAACAUUCUAAAUUGUUAAUUUGACCAUAGGUAUAACCUAUGUGCAAUUGGUAUGUUGUAAAUUAAUGAGAGUUGUUGUUCAUUAUCAAAUUUCAAUUUGUUUUACAGAUACUGGGAAAAUAAAGUUCUCUAGAUAGUGUACAUAUAA